CCCCGAGCUGUUUAUUUUCACAUCUUCUUCACGAACCACCAUCAUCUGUGUUAAAAUCUUGUCUCUCUGCUCUGACAGCUGUCGUCCUCGACAUUUUCUACUUUCUUCCCCUCUGGUCACCUAUUAGGAUCGUCCUGCAUAGCCAGGAAAACCUUAAACCAGCCUCAAAAGUAACCCAAUAAUGUCGCCAGUUGUUCUAGAGCCCGCUCUGAACAUGCAUAAUUCGCCUAUUUCAUCGACAAUGUCUCAUCUUGAAUCAGCAACUUCUAGUUUGCCUUCGGAUCUAUACGAUGCAAUGAAGCGGUCAGGGCCUUCUGAAGAGUACAAUUACUCCAACGGAAUUGGUCAAACGCCGCGACCGGCGUGCGUGAACUGUGGAACGUCGGAGACCCCCCUCUGGAGAAGGGACGCAGAUGGUAAUUCUGUAUGCAAUGCUUGUGGUCUUUAUCAAAAGUCCCGGCAUAUGCCUCGUCCAUCAUCACUAGCUCGAACACCACCUCCUCAUCCUCCGCCAUCGUCCUUCAAUUCUGCUCCUACCAACGGUUCCAAUGGUUCGGGGUCCAGACAAAUGCCGACUUCACCCACGUCUCCGUCCCAAAAGCAGCGCAAGCCCUCAUCUCCCACUGAACACGCUGCCACCAACCCAUCCUCAACUGCGCCAGCAGCUUCGCAUGCUGGAGGAACAUGUCCCGGAGACGGCAGGUGUGACGGCACAGGUGGGACCUCAGCCUGCUCAGGCUGUCCCACUUAUAACAAUAACGUAUCAGUUUCAUCUCGGAUGAUGGAGAUGGAGAAGAAACCUGGCAGCAACAACGAUCCCGCUGGCAGCGCUAAGGGUGUCGUCGCCGAGUCACCUUCCCAGCCAGCCAAUACUGCUUCAUCGUCGGUGGGAGGUGCUGGCAAUGAUGUGGCACCGAGUUCGCCGGGCCAAGGUGAAGGUGCUGGGAGCCCGGAUCCGACAGGGGGACCUGGUGGGAGCGGAAACCCCUCCAGGAAGAUGCCGAGAGGUGCUGUAGGAGCGUUGAGCUGUGCAAAUUGUGGGACAAGUACGACGCCCUUGUGGAGGCGGGACGACGUCGGCAAUAAUAUUUGUAAUGCGUGCGGCCUCUACUUCAAGCUUCACGGGACUCAUCGUCCCAACUCGAUGAAGAAAAGUGUUAUCAAGCGUCGAAAACGUGUACCCGCUGCAGGUCCCGUCGGUCCUCCUCCGCUAGGCCGAAUGUCUGAUCAGGCCGCGGCCGAAGCCUUGGUUUCUGUAGGCCGCUUCGGGGGUGUCGGCGUUGGCGACGAGAGUGAUGGAGAAGGAGCCGAUCAACCGAAAAGGAAGAAGGCGAGGAAAAGCAAAGGUGACAAAAGGUCUGGCGAUGAUGAUAACAUAGAUUCUGGAGGCGAAGAAGACAGCGGAUCGCGGAAACGCUGGGCUGGGGAGAGUUCUCAUAGGCCGCCAUCGAUUGGUCCUUACCCGCACAUGCAACGCUCGUCGCCGUUCAUUGCCGGCCAUGGAGGUUUCGAGCUUCCUCCCUUAAACGCGAUUGGCGGUGGUCUUCAGUCUGGUUCCGGCUUACCUCCCGGCUACAUGAGGUCGGCAUCGAAUGCGCCAAGCAGAACACAUUCGCCUAUGGGACACGCAUCGGCGGUGCCUCCGCAAAGUGGCUACAUCCUUCACCCGCCCCAAGGGAUGUCGCCAUUCUACACCGGUCCUUUAACAGCCCAUUCCGGACAUGAAUCGGCUCUGGGGAUGAUGGGAAGCAGUAGCAUGCCGACCUUGGCGGAAUUGGAGAGGCAUUAUAUGGAACUGCAUGACCAGAGGCGGCGGAUGGAGGAGAUCCUGGACCGCACAGACAGGCUGAUGGGGGAUGUGAAAAGGGGGAUGGACGAGAUGAGGAACACGGCUGCUUCUAGUGGUGGCUCGCAGUCUGCGAGUCAACAGCAACAACAGACGUCAUCUUCGUCUAUGUCGGGACCAGCUGGUGGAUCUUCUACUGGUGCCAUUCCUCUGGCACGCUCUUCCGAUAAAGAACGGAGUCGAGGAGAAAACGUCUGGCCAACAGCUGCCAGUUCCGAAUCGAGGGAUUGAUCAUCUUUUGUUUAACUUGCGUUCGAAUGCUACUCUACUUUUCUUUUUUUUUUGGUUGCGAAUCUUGGCUAUUACAUAUAUUGCACCCCUUUCUUUAAUUCCUUAUCCACCUUCCAGUUUAUAUCGGGCGGAGGGCUGUUCAUAUUCCAAAGGGACGCUAACUAUUAGUGCAUGUAUUUAUGAGCGCCCUUCAUCAACAUCUUUCCGUUGUAUCUACCUCGUCGUUGAACUCGUUUUGGUGUUAUUGUUCAUCGUUGUCUUGCAUUCUAUUUACUAUCUUACAGGUUGUGUAGAACACCGCCCUCUAUUAAUGUAAACGUUGUGUAUCCCUAGGCAAGCAA